ACGUCGUUAAAAGUCUCCAUAACCCAUCUGGCUGUCCGGCUUCCGCAUCCAGCCUGCACAGAGGUGCCUCUGGUGUGCUGGGCCUGGCCUAGCAGCACCGGGACGGAAACCUUCAUUCUGGGGCGGCUAGCUCUGGCCUCUUCCCUCUGAUUUCUCUGUAUGUUCCAGACUAAGCACUCUGGUACUCAGAACUUCGAAAGAAAGGUGCAGCUGAAAUGCCUGAGGUUAGGCUGGUGGAGGCCUGAGGUGCUGGGGUCAGAGCCCAAGGGCCGUCCCCAUCUCAGGCACACAGAGCAGAACAUGCCAUGUCUACCCCUUCUCCAGGUGGCCAAAGAUGGCGGAGGAAAUCCCAAACUUGAAGGGAGUCUUUGACAUCUUAUGCCAAGCUGGGCAGGACAGACUCCUCUACCUCAAACACAAAUUGAAGGCCCCUUGGCCAAGCUGCAAAGCCAGUGACCUUCUAUACACCAUGGUCCUCUUGACUCUAGGACAGAAGACAGAGGCCAGGAUCUCCUUGGACUCACUGAGAGGAGAUAAGGUGGCACUCUGUGUGGCUAGGACCUGGGAAGGGACCGAGUUCCUUCUGAACCAGGUGGGCCCAUUGCCAUCUGAGCAGCAGGCCGACCCGUUGUCAUCUGAGGAGCAGGCGGACAUCCGAUUGGCUGUUGCUCGCAUUUACCAGUUGCUUGUAGAAGAGAAACUAUGUGAGGCUUCAUUCCGGAACAAAGCCUACCAAGCAGCCCUACAAGCCCUCAGCCUGUGUCAUGAUGCUCGGUUGGACAGCGUCUUGGCUGAGGCCCAGGCCCAGUGUGGCCAUAUCUUUGGAGAUGGGAGUUUCCAAACACUCAGGUCAGACAUGGACUGCCUUCCAGUAUCCUCAGCCCCGGCCUCUAGGGUCAGUAGUCACCCCUGGCUCAUCAGGCCCAGGUCAGAUAUGCUGGCAACUGAGUCACCUCCCCUAUCCUUACGCUCUACUGGUAGUUUCACCUCUUUUGCUAGCAACCUGGAGAUCAGUCAAUCCCCCACUUUGCCCCUCCUCAGCUACCAGCCCCAGAAAAGGAUCCUCAGAGGCCCGAGUAAACUGUGUGGGGACCCUCAGACCAAUUCCACCCAGUCCUCUGAACCACAAGUCGGGGAGGAGCCAGAAAUGAGUAGGCCUCAUUCUGACCCAGCCACCUCCAUCCCUGGAUGGCCAAGCAGCUCAGCCUCAGUGGUCUCUAGUCCUCAGGCACCCAGGCCCUCUGACACUCCAUCCCCUCCUACCCCAGGGACCCCCGAGACCAGCAUACAGUCUCCUGUGGAAUGUUUUGAAGCACUUUCUGACCCCACGUCUCUCCAGCCAGCCUCAAUGAAGCCUGCAGAAACUCUUGUCUCCAAAGAAGGUUUUGAGGUGCUACCAGGAUUGUCCCCCAUGUCAGUCCCCCCUGCCGGGGAAGGGGGGGCCACCGGGCCCUCGGUGCAAGAGAGUGAUUUUCAGGAGAAGUCCUCGGGGCCAAGGCCUCCCCUCCCCACCCAGGAUCCUCCUCCUUCUGUGUCGUCUUCACUGCCCUCCGGACCUGAGCUAGGCACAGGACAGCGUUUUUUCAACUUUGUGAUCCUCCACGCCCAGGAGGAUGAAGACAUUGCCUUUCGAGUCCGGGAUGUCCUGGAGAGCCUGGGCGUGCCGGACGGCACCACAUUCUGUGAGGAAUUUCGGGUCCCCGGCCGUUUCGAGCUCCGGUGCUUGCAAGACGCCAUCGACAACUCGGCCUUUACCGUGUUGCUGCUCACCAGGCACUUUGAUUGCCGCAAGAGCUAUCACCAGGUGCACACAGCGCUGAUGAACUCCAUCACGAGGACGGACAAGGAGAACUCCGUCAUCCCCUUCCUUCCCCUGGAGAGCACGAUGAAGCCGGCCGAGGUCUCCCAGCUGCUCACCGGCCUGGUGAGCCUGGACGAGAGUUCUCCGGUCUUCUCCAGGAAGGUCUCUAGCACCUUCAAACCUCGGAGGCUGCAAGCCCUGAGGGAAGCGUGGGAGAAGCAGCAGGAAAUCCGGGCCAUUCAGGAGCAGACCCAGAAGAUGGCAGCGGACAGGGAGAGCGUAUCGCAGAAGCAGUAUGCCCUCUCUGACUUAUCCUACCAGCACCGCCUUCUGCAACAACAGCUACAGAAUCUCACGCUGGCCUUCCCAAGCCAGGCAGCUUUCGCUCCCGGCUACGGCAUGCCGCCGCUGCUCUCGGCUUGGCCCUACGGUCUCCCCCCGCACCUCCCCGCGGCUCCUGGGGCUUUCCAGUUCAAUCAGUUUAUCCCGCCCAUGCCUUUCCCCCCUGGACCCAGUUCAUCCCCCCAGCUGGAUCCUCAGAGUGCUGGAGCCCAGCCUCUUAUCAUUCAUAAUGCUCACAUGGUACAACUGGGUCUCAACAACUACAUGUGGGGCCGGAAUGAAGGGCAGGGCCCCAGUGAGGGGCGGGACCCCCACGAGGGGCGGGGCCCCAGUGAAUGGCGGGACCCUAAUGUAGGGCGGGGCCCCAGUGAGGGGCGGGACCCCCGCGAGGGGCGGGGCCCCCACGAGGAGGACAGAACUGAGGGAGAGUGAGAAGACCCUGGUCAGGUCUGGAGCCUUCUGAUUUCCUGGCGCUGUCUGGAUGAGUCUUGUAUGGUCCACGGGGAAUGGGUUUGCUACAUCGUCCAGCCGUCCGCCGCUGCCACCACUGGUCUGAGGAGCCAGGGGAGCAAGCAUGGGCCAGUGCCAGAGAAACAUCCACAACGAGGAUCAGGAAUUUUGUACUGAAAGGCGCCUAAGAGGCCUUUCGAUCCAACACCCUCAUUUUACAGAUGAGGUAACUGAAGGCCAGAGAAGUUGAGUGAUUUCCCUAAUGCCCCACAGCUAGCCACGGCUGGAAUUGGGAAUGGAAUCUCAAGGCUGGCAUGCAGGGCUAAGAGUGGAAGAAAGCAUAGUUAUCAUCCCUGCUCCUUCCCUGUGUCCCCUGGGGGACUUAGCAAGUGGGAGCAUUGAAUAGAGACACAAAAUUGUGCUAGCAGAGAGAUGCAGCAUUUCCCUCUUCUGGUCCUGUUGACCCAUAUCUUUCCAGGGUAUGGAGAAGAGCCUCAGUGGAGAGCUUUCAGCUAAAUAUCCCCCUAGCUGCUCAGACCAAGAUCAGGGAACCAAAAUCUGAUACUGAUCUUCUGUCUGGGAUCCCCUUCUCCUUUCCCUGGUUCUCCUCCUAGACUUCAUCACUUGUGAAAUGGGUGCUAGACAAGUUAACCUCCUUCCUGGCUGGGCCUUCUGGGUUUGGGAUGUAUUGUAUUUGAAUGCUCGGGGAGGGCAGAAAGUGAGUAAUGGUGGGAGGGGUCCUCACAGUCAUUACCACCAUCAUCAAAAGACACAAGUGGGUACCGGGAACUAGGCACUAGAACAGGGUUGGGUCUUUUUUUUGGAGGGGUCUUUAGAUAGAUUCUAGGGGGCUUAUGAGCUUGGAUGGGGGAAAAAUGACAUCUUUAUUUUCACUACCUUCCAACUUAAAUGUAGUAUUUCCUUCAAUUAUGGAUGGAGACAACAAAGGCUAUUCUGAAAAAGGGUCCAUAGGCUUCACCAGACAGGUAAAGGGAUCUGUGAUAUACAAAAAAGGUUAUGAGCCCCUAGACUAGAUGGAGGGGAGACAAGGGGAACAGACAGAGUCUCGUGUAUAUGUAUAUGUAUGCACACACAUGUAUGGAUAUGUGUGUGUAUAUAUGUAUACAACACACACAAACAUAUGUCUUCACCUAUCUUAAUCUCAUCUUCCCAGAUGACUAGGAAUUUAUUUCCAUCUAUCUGAGGAGAGAGAGACAGAGAGACCACACAGAGACAGAGUCAGUCAGUCAGCCUAGAGAUUAAGAUAGAUGAAGACAUACUGAGUACCUGUAGGUCUCUGCACAGAAAGAAUCUUAGUUAAAGGACUCUUGGAGCCCAUCUUGUCCAAUCCCCCCCACACCCUUUAAUUUGGUGGGGCA